UCCCACCCGGACGCCCGACCUCUCUGGAGCAGCUGCGCCCCCUGCCGGUCCGUAGCCGGCGGAAGUGCGAGACCGGAAGUUGCGUAUUCUCCGGCGCCGACACUGUGCGUCGGGCGAGGCCUUGUGGAUCCCGAGGGUACUACUAUGGCUUCCAGUGGGGUAGGCGUGAGCGCCCCGGGCGCGGCGAAUGAAGCUCCCGAAAUUCCGGACAACGUGGGAGAUUGGCUUCGGGGCGUCUACCGCUUCGCCACCGACAGGAACGAUUUCCGGAGGAACUUGAUCCUCAAUUUGGGACUUUUUGCUGCAGGCGUUUGGCUGGCCAGGAAUUUGAGUGACAUUGAUCUAAUGGCCCCUCAGCCAGGGGUAUAGCCAAAUAGACACAUGGAACCCCCUGUGCUGUACUCGAACCUUCCAAAAACAGCCUCCAAUCUUUGACCAUCACAAGACUUUCCCUGAUGGAAGUUGAAGUUUCAUUCAGACGGGCACCUUCCCUUCCCGAUUGCCUUUUCUUCGUUGAGCCCACUCAGAACUCCAUUCUCUGGUCAGCAGUCAGGCUUCAGCCAAAGUGUUGUCCUCUGUUCUAUAAAGUUCUGUACAUAGGUCCAAAGUUUCUGCAGGGGGGGAUUUUUGCUCUUGUCCUGAGGAAUAACCUAAUGGUAUUUUAACAAAUAUUUGGAAUAAAGACUGCACGCAAAGACAAA